AUGUUGGUAUACUUAUGUUAGAAAUCAAUGUGCUUUAUUUACAUCUUUUUCUAGUUAUCCUUUUUAUUGUUUAAGAACGUAGUCAAAUAGUUUCGUCUCAAACAGAUGCUGAAAAAUGUGUCAAAUUUUCUGAAUGUUACAAAUAUUCAACUCUAUUUUAAAAAUUCAAAAGGAAGAUAUUGUUUUUUGGAUUAAUAUUGUGCUGAUACAAAUGACUGCAAUAAAUUAACAGUUUCAUUAAAUAACUUUCUUAUUUAACAUUAAUCCAAGAGAUGGAUUAGGUGA